GCCCCGCCUCCCACUCGCCAAGGCCCUCCACCUACCCGUCGCUGGGCUGGGCGCACUCAGUGGCGGUUUCUCUCUGCCCGGGGCAGGUAGGGAUCGUCUCUGUGGACAUGGCGGCGGCUGCGGCGGCGUCGGGGUCUUCGGCGACUGGGACGAAGGGAAAUGGGAGCGGCGGCCGGGCUGGGCCCGGUGAAGCUGGCGGGCCGAGGAAGAAGAAGGGGCCGGGGCCCUUGGCCACCGCGUACCUGGUUAUCUACAAUGUAGUGAUGACUGCGGGGUGGCUCGUUAUCGCAGUUGGUCUGGUCAGAGCAUAUUUGGCUAAAGGUAGCUAUCACAGCCUUUAUUACUCAAUUGAAAAGCCUUUGAAAUUCUUCCAGACUGGAGCCCUCUUAGAGAUUUUACACUGUGCUAUAGGAAUUGUUCCCUCCUCUGUAGUCCUGACUUCUUUCCAGGUGAUGUCAAGAGUUUUUCUAAUAUGGGCAGUAACACACAGUGUCAAAGAGGUACAGAGUGAAGACAGUGUCCUUCUGUUUGUGAUUGCUUGGACAAUCACUGAGAUUAUUCGCUACUCCUUUUAUACAUUUAGUCUACUGAACCAUCUGCCUUAUAUCAUCAAAUGGGCCAGGUACACGCUUUUUAUUGUGCUGUACCCAAUGGGAGUGUCAGGAGAGCUCCUCACAAUAUAUGCUGCUUUGCCCUUCGUCAGACAAGCCAGCUUAUAUUCCAUUAGCUUACCUAACAAAUACAAUUUCUCUUUUGACUACUAUGCAUUCCUCAUUCUGAUUAUGAUCUCUUAUAUUCCACUUUUUCCUCAGCUCUACUUGCACAUGAUACACCAGAGAAGAAAGGUCCUUUCUCAUCCUGAAGAACACAAGAAAUACGAAUGAUUCCUGAUCUUCCCCCAGAACUCUCCACAGAUCAAAAAUGCUGCAGACUUUUUGAGUUCCCAACAUGUUUCUUAGAGAAGAAUAAGCAAGGACUAUUUUUAAACCCUAAAAAAAAUGUGGCCAGUGGACCUGGGAUUUACAAAGAGUUAUUAUACUAAACACACUGGAAUAUCUUGUCGGCAUGCUUUUUCAACCAGAAAUUCCAAAAAUGUAAGGAGGGGGAGGGGAUGACAUGUUAUGUAGCUUCCCUUCUCUUCAUGUAUCUGCUAAAUAUCCUUCAUUCUUAAUGCUUGAGAGUUAUAGUCCAAGUGAUAAAAGUUGUACUCACUGAAUGCCCAGCUUGAAUUCUAAUUAUGUUUCGUUUCUGCCGUGUAUUUAGCCUUGCCUUUUCAAAGUGCUUGACUGCAUGCUGGAAGCUGUAUGUAUUGCUGGAAUGACAAACUUUAUUCUUGGGAAUGCUCUGAGGUUCUGGCUGGGACCAUAGUAAUGUCACCCCACCUCCAGUAAGUGAAUUGCAACAGACAAGCCUGCGGAACAAAGGGGUAAUGUCUGGCGUCAGAGGCAGCACAUUGAGUCAGUAAUCGUCUCUUUUGGGAGACCUUCAUUUAAGCAGUCAUUACCCAUCUCCAAGGAGGGACAGUUGCUUAAAUAUCCAUAGGUCCUUAGAGGCCCAGCCUCAGUCAGUAUUUCGGUCGAGUGACAGUUCUCAGGCAGGAACAAACUCUUAAGGUGAUUAACGAUGAACUUGCACCAUAGAGCUACUAAGAAACCCCUUCUUAUGAACCUUUCCCAACAUUAACCCAGUUCAGUCUGUUAGCCAGCAGAAAGAGAAAGAAAAGGUCAGGAGCACAGGCCUCCUUAGAAGCAUCGUUCCAGAAACCAGUCUGGGAUAGCUUUUCUAACGUCUUUUGGAUUUUUCAAUUAUCCAGCCCUUCUCUACCUGCGCACUUCCUUGGGGGUGAUUCUUCUUUCAACAACUACUAUGUUGUGAGUACAGAAGCAGUGAAAAUUAAAGUUGGGAAGUAAUGAACCCAAGCAUUGUCAGGCUUCUUUGUUUCACCUGCAAACUUCAUUCUGUUUAAUUACUCACCUGCUAAUUUAGUGACACUGUCUAAAACCUUUAAAGAAGAAGUGGGAUUCAAAUUGGAAAGUUAAUCUUAGGUACUCAUCAGAAUCUAAAUAAAGUUUGGUCUCUGGAGCCUUUACCCAAUUGGUUUUGGUUGAGUGUUAAUGGUGAUUAAACAAAAUGCCUUGUCUGUAGAGUAAUCAUCACUUUAAAUGUACUUACUGAGAUCAGAUGAGUGUUAUAAUGGAAAACCAAGCUUAACCUUAUUUUUUAUGCUUGUUUUAUAACUGCUUGUAAGCUAAGAAGGAAAACAAACAGGAAAUAUGCAAAUAGCAUGCAGAGCCCAGGUAGAAGGAGACAAUGCAGCUGGGUUAAACAGAGUGCAGGACAUAGAGUCAGUAAGACCUGAGUUUGACUCCUGCCUCAGACGCUUACUAGCUGUGUGACCCUGGGCAAGUCACUUAACCUCUCUGUGCCUCAGUUUCCUCAUCUGUAAAAUGGGGAUGAUAAUAAUAGCACCUACCUCCCAGGGUUCUUGUGAGGAUCAAAUGAGUUAAUGUAUAUAAAGCGCUUUUCAAACUUUAAAGUACUGUAUAAAUGCUAGUUAUUAUUAUUUUAUAAAAAAAAAUUAGUAAGUUUAGGUUUGAAUUUUAAAAUUUUGCUUCAACUUCAGUGAGAUUUAUGUUGGACGUGUCAGGGGGCAGAAUUGGUUCUGCUUUGAGUUAGAAUGGAAAUUACUACACCAGGUAAUCUGAAAUCAUAUUAAAUGUUUUUUGAUCCCAAAUUCCUUUUUUUCUCUUUUUUUCCUUCCACCAAAAUUUGAUACCCUUAUAAAAUGGAAGCCAUAUGGGAGACACCUACUUAGCUAUCGAGAAGGGAAAGAUAACUUGGUUAAAUUUUUUUUUUUUUGGUAAUAGUUUUGGGAAUUGCAGAAGAGGAAGAAGAAUGGAAAUUGAAAAAAAAAUGCUGAAAGCAAGCAGUUUGUUCUUAGUAAUCCUGUUUGUUUAAGUCUCUGCUUUGGAAUUGUAUCAUCAUUCAUGAUAACUAGACCAGUGCAAAUAACAGCACCUCACCCAAUUUGAUUUGGAUAAUAAAAACAAAGCAUAAUCCUUUUUCAAAUAGGGUCUCAGUGGGAAUUUUAUAUUGUAUUAAAUAUUCUCCCCUCCCCCAUUCUAACAUCCAAACUACUCAUAAUGCAGACAAGUAAGGUAUACCUAGAUAUCCCUUCCAUAAUAUUUCUUAGUAACUGAUUUCUUGAUUCCCCGACAUGAAUCAAUUUCCCAUUUGAAAUAGUAGUGUUCUUUUGUAAACUAAUCCAUUCCACCCCACAGAGACCAGCAUCUUUUUUAAGUGUGGUUCACUGCACAGAAAAAAAUGUGGUAUUUUGGAGGGCUUUUUGUCAGACUUCAAAGUUUUCUUGAUUUCAAGAUAGAGUCAAAAGAAUUUCCUUUGCAGCUAUCUGGAUCUGCUUGUCUUCAGAUCACCCCUGCAGGAGCCCCCUUCUUCUUACAAUAGGUGAAGUUUCUUUGAGGUGUGCAGUCACGCUUUGUAGACAUGGGCUCCUCAUCUGCACCUUGCUGUGCUCCAUGUGCCAGUUAGGCCCGUUCUUUUGAACGUUUAGCAAGCAUUAUCAAAGACAUUCUAAGGACUUGGGGAAUAAAGCAUUUUCCUCCCAACAGUAAAGGAGUGAACUUCCAACAUGAAAAUUUCACAAGCCCUAUAUUUGCAUAUGAGCAAAUUGAAUGCCCAUUAACAUUUGUGUAUUAAUUAUUCACUUAGGAAGAAAGAACAGCGUGGCUAUGGACAAAGAAUUUAUCAAACCAUGUCAGAUUGGAUGCAUUUCCGUUGAAAUUUGGUUGAAAGUUACAUAUAUAUUUACGUAUACAUCUAUAUGUAUAUGUGUAUAUAUAGUCUUUUUGUAUUUUUCUAUGUUGUGAAAAACUAAUUUUAUAAAUAAUUCACUAAAAUUACGUAAGUUAAAUGUAUUUUUUGUAUAUUUAGAAAUCAGGAGUUCAAAGACAAUGCUUAAACUUUUUAUGCAUGCAUUUGGAAACUUUCUACUAGAUCAUGUUAUUGUGGUAAUAAGUCUAAUUCAUAAAAUACUGGUUUGUGUGUUACAUUUAAAAAUAAACUGAUAUCCCAUCUGCCUGGGUUUGAAAAACCAA